AUGGAGAACAAUAAAGAAAACGUGGCAAGUCCAUCUACUGAAGCACCGGGGAGUGUCGUGGAUGCCUACAAGCAGGUCCAAAAAGGACUCCUAAAGCCAAAAGGCGUCGCAGAGCUCAGAGUGACCAAGUGGAAGAAGAAAAAGAAGGACAAAGACAAAGCUAAACUCCCGGAAGCAAUGGGAAUGAACAAAAAUAACGAGAAGCAGCACGGCCUGGACAAGCGGACCCCGGCCCAGGCAGCCUUUGAGAAAAUGCAGGAGAAGCGGCAAUGGAAAGGAUGCUCAAGAAAAGCAUCCAAAACCCACAAGCAGAGAGUGGAGGACUUCAACAGACACCUGGACACACUCACGGAGCAUUACAUUCUCAGAGUCAGCUGGACGAAGUAGCCGCCUGCUCCCAGUAGGGAGCAGCAUCGAGGGUUGGCAAAAGGCCACGCUGGGGUUGUGUGUGUUUCCUUUGGUAUAUUCUAGAAACAUGGCUUUACACACACCCUCGCAUCUUCUGCUACAAACUGCUUUUCGAAGCUGUGUACCCUCAUUCUGGAACUUGAUUAAAGUAAAAUUGUCCUUGUACUCAGUUUAGGUUUCUUGGCAACAUAUAGAAGAUCCACCCUUUUAGUUGAGAUGGAAAGUUUCUAAGUUUAUUCAGAGGUAAAG